UGAUCAAAGCUGCCUCUCGCAAGCAGAGCUCUCUGUAUGCUCGCACACAAGUUCUGGCAUCGACUGCUCCGGCUGCUGACUCACCAGCACCAGCAGCACCAGCAGCACCAGCACCAGCAGCACCAGCACCAGCAGCACAACCAGCUAGCGAGCCAGGGUUUGUAGUGGCAACUACGGACGACAGCUCGUCUCCUCCAGUCACUGCUGGAGCCUCGUACCAUCACAUCAAGAACUUCGCCGGCAACGAGCAAGUGAUGGGUAACGGCGACGUCGCUGCUCAAGGAGCUGGCGCUGACUUUCAGACUGGCGAAGUUGUCGGUGCUGGAAUCCACGUGGCCAACGGCAUCGGCUCAGGCGAUGGCGUGACGGUCAGCAAGGGAGUUGUCAACGGCGAUGGCGUGACGGCGGGAACCGGCGAAGGCAUGGGAACGGGCAUGUUCGCUGGCUCUGGUGACGGGACAGGGAUGAUGGUAUCGGUUGGGAAGGGCGUUGGCUCCGGGCACAUGAUCACUGUCGGCGAUGGGUUCCUGUCGGGAACUGACUUGACGGCCGGGCAUGGCGAAGGAUCUGGCAGCGACGUGAGCGUCUCCAACGGAACAGGAUCGGGCAAGGGAGUCUUUGUGGGCUCUGGCUCGGGCGAGGGUGCUGGCUUCCUGGUGGGCGAUGCAAACUGACGAUCCCCAGUGCAAAGUUGCGUGAAGAGCUUUCCUACUUCCUCGAGAAGCAUCAGCUGCCAGCAAGCGAGAGGAGCAGCAGGGGAGGAGGAUGCGACUGUUUGUUUAACUUCCAUUACAAGUUCAUGUCUGGU